AUCGAGAAAGGAAAAGAAAAGAAAAGAAAAGAAUGGGGUUUGAGGAGUUGCCGGAAGGAUGCAUCGCUGCGAUCCUCUCUCGCACCACGCCCCUCGACGCGUGCAGGCUUUCUCUCGUUUCCAAGAUUUUCCGUGCCGCCGCUGAUUCCGAUGCCGUGUGGGAUCGUUUUCUCCCUUCCGAUUACCGCACUAUCAUUUCCCAAUCCUCUUUCGUUCCCAACAACCCUUCCAAGAAAGUCCUCUACCUCGCUCUCUCCGAUAACCCUAUCAUCAUCGAUCAGGGUAAAAAGAGCUUUCAAUUGGACAAAAAGAGUGGGAAGAAGUGUUACAUGCUUGCUGCCAGAGCUCUCCUCAUUAUUUGGGGUGAUACCACUGAGUAUUGGAACUGGACAUCCCUGCCAGAUUCCAGGUUCCCUGAAGUUGCUGAACUUAUUGAUGUGUGCUGGCUUGAAAUUCGCGGGGUGAUAAACGCAAUUGCCUUGUCACCAAAUACUCAGUAUGCUGCUUAUCUUGUUUUCAAGAUGAACAAUGCCCGUGGAUUUCAUAAUCGUCCUGUGGAGUUAUCAGUGAGUAUCCAUGGUGGCCAGAGUAAUACCAAAAGUGUCUGUUUGGAUCCUAACUUAGAAGGUAGGCCAAACAACGGAGUUGUGGGACUGCAACGUCCAAAUGAGAGAAGCGAUGGGUGGUUGGAGAUUGAGAUGGGGGAGUUCUUCAAUACAGGCCUAGAAGAUGAAGUGGAGAUGACUGUCAUGGAGAAUAGAGGUGGUAAUUGGAAGAGCGGGUUCUUUCUGGAAGGAUUAGAAAUUAGGCCUAAGGAACUCAAUUAAGCAACUAAAACUUCUUGUGCAGUUUAAUUCUCACAACUAUAUAUGUUUGGGUCUUGCGUUUGAGAUGGCAGAAUACUGCUUGCAGAUUUGAAGCUUUAACCUUUGAACACAUUUUGAUUUUUUUAUUUGCCAAACUAUUACUCUCUUCAUGAAGUAUAUGCAUAAGUUAUAUUGCUUGUG